AUGGGCAGAGCGACAUUAACUGUCGCCUUAGCGGCGCUGGCCAAACCAAAACCCGUUGCCCCGGAUAACGGAACUCAUAAGCCACGUAACACGUGCCGAGCUCGCAGUGGUGGAGCGAUGCCGGCUUGCAAGCAAACUGAUGCGCGAACGGGGAACGCCAUCACAGAAGGCAGGCGUAAGGAAGAAGUACUCAUGAUUUUGCGUUUUUGC